GCCGCGGCAGAGGCGGAGGCCCGGCUCCCAGGGCGGCGCGCGCCGCCCCCCCUCACCCCCCCAGCGAAGCCCUGCCAUUCACCAGCGACUUGCGCCCGCGGCCCCCAAGUCCGUCCUCCCCGUUAGGCGGCGGGCGCCGGAGGGGAGGGGACAGCCCAGGGGGCAGGAAGCUGCAGCUUAAAAGAGCAGCGGGCGCCGGGCCCUUCCUCCCUCCCUCCGUUCCCGGCCUCUGCGAGUGCCUCCGCUCCGCGGCCUCCGCCCCGCCGCCAUGUACCGCUGCCUGGGCGAAGCGCUGCUGCUGUGCCGCGCGGGGCCCGCCGCCUUGGUCUCCGCGGCGGCCGACUCGGCCGCGCUGCUGGGCCGGGCCCGCGGGCAGCCCGCCGCCGCCGUUGCUGCCCCGCAGCCGGGGCUCGCGCCGCCCACCCGGCGACACUACAGCGAGGCGGCGGCCGACCGCGAGGACGACCCUAACUUCUUCAAGAUGGUGGAGGGCUUCUUCGACCGCGGCGCCAGCAUCGUGGAGGACAAGCUGGUGGAGGACCUCAAGACCCGGGAGAGCGAGGAGCAGAAGCGGAACCGGGUGCGCGGCAUCCUGCGGAUCAUCAAGCCCUGCAACCAUGUGCUGAGCCUGUCCUUCCCCAUCCGGCGCGACGACGGCUCCUGGGAGGUCAUCGAAGGCUACCGGGCCCAGCACAGCCAGCACCGCACGCCCUGCAAGGGAGGGAUUCGUUACAGCAUGGAUGUGAGUGUGGAUGAGGUGAAAGCUCUGGCCUCGCUGAUGACCUACAAGUGUGCGGUGGUUGAUGUGCCAUUUGGGGGUGCCAAGGCUGGUGUUAAGAUCAAUCCCAAGAACUAUACUGAUAAUGAGUUGGAAAAGAUCACAAGGAGGUUUACCAUGGAGCUGGCGAAGAAGGGCUUUAUUGGUCCUGGCAUUGAUGUGCCUGCCCCAGACAUGAGCACGGGUGAGCGGGAGAUGUCCUGGAUUGCGGACACCUACGCCAGCACCAUAGGGCACUAUGAUAUUAAUGCCCAUGCCUGUGUUACCGGUAAGCCUAUCAGUCAGGGCGGGAUCCACGGGCGGAUCUCUGCUACUGGCCGAGGAGUCUUCCAUGGGAUUGAAAAUUUCAUCAACGAAGCUUCUUACAUGAGUAUUUUAGGAAUGACACCAGGGUUUGGAGAUAAAACAUUUGUUGUUCAGGGAUUUGGUAAUGUGGGCCUACACUCUAUGAGAUACUUACAUCGUUUUGGUGCUAAAUGUGUGGGUGUUGGUGAGUCUGACGGGAGCAUAUGGAAUCCAGAUGGUAUUGACCCAAAGGAACUGGAAGACUUCAAAUUGCAACAUGGAUCAAUCCUGGGCUUCCCCAAGGCAAAGCCCUACGAAGGGAGCAUCUUGGAAGCCGACUGUGACAUCCUGAUCCCUGCUGCCAGUGAGAAGCAGCUGACCAAGUCCAAUGCACCCCGAGUCAAAGCCAAGAUUAUUGCUGAGGGUGCCAAUGGGCCGACAACUCCAGAGGCUGAUAAGAUCUUCCUGGAGAGGAACAUUAUGGUGAUUCCCGAUCUCUACUUGAAUGCUGGAGGAGUGACAGUGUCUUACUUUGAGUGGCUGAAGAAUCUAAAUCAUGUCAGCUAUGGCCGUUUGACCUUCAAAUAUGAAAGGGAUUCUAACUACCACUUGCUGAUGUCUGUUCAAGAGAGCUUGGAAAGAAAAUUUGGAAAGCAUGGUGGAACUAUUCCCAUUGUACCUACAGCCGAGUUCCAAGACAGGAUAUCGGGCGCCUCCGAGAAGGACAUCGUGCACUCUGGCUUGGCAUACACCAUGGAGCGCUCUGCCAGGCAAAUCAUGCGCACGGCCAUGAAGUACAAUCUGGGUUUGGAUCUGAGAACGGCUGCCUACGUCAACGCCAUUGAGAAAGUCUUCAAGGUGUACAAUGAAGCUGGUGUGACCUUCACAUAGACAGAGUGUGCCUGACCUCUUCACUGCCCUCUUCCCCUCUUCAUCUGCAGACCCUUCACAAGUUUACAUAUAACCACAGAAAUCUCUCUCUCUCUCUAUCUCUCUCUCUCUCGACUUACUAGAUAAAUGGACAUCAUUCUCAACAAGUCAGUUGAAAUCAGCCCCUUCGAGAAAAAAGAAAUUAAGGUUAGGGGAUCAUAUGUAAGCUGAUGAAUAUGGAAGUAGGAAUUCCCUAGGCCAGAGAGCCAUAUAGGUAUUUGGCUGUUAAAUGAAGGUCUCUCCCGUCUGUCUGUGCUGCUGUGCUUUGCGGCUACUUUCAGUACGGUCAGAGCUGGGGCCAGGAACACACCUGUUAGCCAAGAGCAGCCAGUUGCUUGCUGCUUCAGCUCUGGACGAGUCUGGCACAUCCUGGAACUUGGCCGCCUCUGAGCCACGGGUGUGGGGCAUUUUCAGAAGGUGGCAUGGUCCUCAAGUGAGUUACUGGUAUUUUACAUCAGCAAAAUAACUCAGUUUUACAGAUUGCGACAAAAAUAAAAGCUGUUUCUCUUUAUGCAUUUUAUUCUCUUAGAAUAAAAUAAGUACAUGCUGCUGUAAUAAAACUGCCUUUAAUCACUUACCAAGCCUAACCUUGACUCAAGCAGUGAAUGCCUAUAAACGUAAUAAAUGAAAAAAAAAGCUAGUAUUUUUAUAAUAUAAAACAGUAUCAUUUAUAGCUUAUCAAUCAUGUAUUGUCCAGCAAAAAAUGAAAAGUCUGAUGGAGAAUUAAGUUAUCUUCAUACCUGCAAAUGGUGGAGGCUAUUUUUGUUAAGACUGUCAGAAUUUACUAACUGCAAUUAUGACACAUAGUCCAAAGAGUGCAGUAACCUCCUUAUCAUGUUAAUUAAUUGUUCUCUUUUGAAGAUCUACUGUGUUGUCUAAUUGAACAAUAAUUCGAGUACAGUGUCCCAGAAAAAAACCACUUGGGCUCCCACUUUGGAGUCUAGCUGGCGGCUCCGAGCCCUACCAAUGAGCCCGACUCGGCCUGACUUGGUGUCCUCUUUGAGAGGACUGGAUUCUGUGUAUAACGUCAUUACCACUAGGCUGGAAACAACCUUGGGUUGAGUGUUUUGUUUGGGAGUUAUUUCGCCAGGGCCUUUUGAACAGUAGUGUCCCAAUGGAGUACUAGAUAUUAUUUAUGUAAGAAUGAGCUUUUUUUUUUUUUUUUUAAACACAAUAUCCUUUCAGAAAUUUCUAACUACUUUGUAACUGCAUGACUUAACCUGGUGAUAAAAGCAGUUAUUAAAAGUCUACCUUUUCCAAA